ACGCAGACAAAGAUGGCGGCUCGCAGUGUCAGGUCGUGUGUUGUGAAACAUUGCUAGUUAUAUUCAUAGUGAUAAUAUGUUGGGUCUGUUAGGUUUGUAAAUUCUACGUUUCUAUAAAUAAUACAGAUGUGGCAUUGUUUACGGACAUGUCACGACGUUAGCGUUUGAAUCUGGUGACACAGUUUUAAGAUGGUAGCAAGUACUUGAAUGGCACUUGAGGCAACUGUCUCCAACUAGAACAAAUAUUACAGUUAGAGAGAAAAUGCUUCCAGCUACAUGGUCACGGCUGUCCUGCAGGGCUUUGUCCACCCGAGGACAGAGGACGCUAAGUCUGUUCUCCAGCUCAGGACCUUCAAACUGGACUAAAGUGGUCUCCGAUGCAGAGAAGAUCGUCGGUUAUCCAACCUCCUUCAUGAGUCUCCGCUGCCUUCUUAGUGAUGAACUCAGUAACGUAGCGAUGCACGUCAGGAAGCUGGUCGGGACUCAGCACCCUCUACUCAGCACUGCAAGAGGUUUCGUCUAUGACAACAGGAACAACCUUCAGAUGAGGGGGGUGAUUGUCCUGCUCAUGUCCAAAGCAGCUGGGCCGAGCCACGCAGCAUCCGAUCUCCUGGCUCAGGACAUGGUCAGCGGUAUCUAUCCCAGUCAGAGGAACCUGGCGGAAAUCACAGAGCUGAUCCACACUGCGUUCCUGGUGCAUCGUGGGAUAGUGAAUCUGAAGGAGUGGACGGUGUCAGACGGCCCGCUGAAAGACAUGGAGUUUGGGAAUAAGAUGGCUGUCCUCAGCGGUGACUUCCUGCUAGCGAACGCCUGCACUGGACUGGCCCAGCUGAAUAACACUAAGGUUGUUGAACUGAUCUCAAGUGCCAUCGGUGAUUUGGUUCAGGGAAUCUACAAUGAAAAUUCCAAUAAUACAGAGGAGAAUGGUCUGACCGACGGCGUCGACGUGGCGACUUGGGAGGAGCAGACGUUCCUGUCCCACGGGGCACUGCUAGCCAAAAGCUGUCAAGCCGCGAUGGAGCUCGCCAAACACGACAAAGAGUCCCAAAGAGUGGCCUACAAAUACGGCAAGCACCUAUCACUGGGCCACAAGCUGAACUCUGACCUGCAGCCGUUUGUGAAGAGCAGCGUGGGAGAGCCUGUGUCGUUCAGUUUGGGCACCGCCCCAGUAGUUUUCCACCGUCAGAUCGUCGGCCAGGAGAGAUGGCGUCAGCAGCUGCAGCAGGCAAAAACAAUGAGAAACCAACUGGAUUACUCAAAGCUUUUGGCAGCAGUUAAGUCGGAGAAAGGCGUGAGCUCAGCGGUGGACUUAUGCUGUUACCAUGGUAACAAGGCUCUGGAGGCCAUCCAGGCUUUCCCCUCCUCCGAGGCUCGAUCUGCCUUGGAGAACAUCGCCUCCGCCAUCACCAAAUUUUGACCUGGACACACACACUCAUAAUCGGCUCACCCCGCUCGUUACUGCACACCUCAGAUGAUGCUGAAAUCAUAGCUGCUGGAUGUACUUGUGUUUGCCAAAUCGGAGAGCAGCUCCAAACCAGUUGUAAAAAUGUCUCAAAGUCAUGUUCUACCAAGUAUGUACCUCUGCUGAUAAGCACAGCUGCAAAUAAAAUUAUUUUUUUUAAUGGAGUUUGGCAUGGUACUCUCUCUACAGAGGGGGAAAUGGCAUGAAUCAGGAGUAAUGUCAUCUAUGUUGCCUUAUUAUGUCUGUCCCCAUGCUUGUGAAUGUGAUCCAAAUCAACCCAGGGGCAGGGAAAGGUCACACAGCCUCUCCCCUUGGCCCGGCCAGCAAGCGCAUUGAAGCUCCGCCAAGCAGUAAUUAUUAAUGAAGAGACCUGAGCAAAUGGACAGGAAAUGCAGAGGUAUUGAUUGGGCCGGCUGCCCUGCUCUAAGCCGUACAGACUGGCGCCAGCCUGGUGGCCUGUGGUUUCCCAGGCUGCUGUCUGCGGAGGGUGGGGGGGGGGACAGCCAAGGUGUGAAACCAGGCCACCGCUGGCAGCUGUCUGUCACAUCAUGGCUACACCUGAAGGACAGAGCACACGCGACAGGACGGGGGAAAAAAAAGAGGACUGUGGGUACACUGCUAACAAAGAGGAUUCUUUGUGAAUUCAGAGAGCAGCACAUGUUGGUACCACAUCAGAACUCUCUGUAAGGCUUUGAAUUCGCAAGAAGGGUGGUGCUGGUGCUAGAGUUAGAAUUGCCUCAUAUGCAAGUAAUGCCUCAAAAAGAGUAGUAUAACCAUUAAUAAGAACUAUGUGAAGAGGUUCCUUUGGCAGUGACACUCUUAAGGGAACAUCUUUAGCAAUCAGUUGCAGGUCCCAGAUGAUAUUUGUGCUCUUAAUGACACUGAACUGUUGAAAAUCCAGAACAAUGAUACAAACCUAAUUCAUCCAUUCAGUGUCUGCCUGUCUGACUGUGUGAUGGACCGCUGUGAAUUUUUGUACAGACAUUUGUGGUCCCCAGAGGAUGAGGUUGACAUUUGUGGUUUUGAGUGAAACGCCUCAACAGUUAUUGAAUCAGUGACAUUACAAUUAGACAUUAGUGCCCCCCUCAGGAUGAACUAUAGCAACAUUUGAUCUCCUCAGCUGUACUUUGUGUUUAGUGCUAAUUAGCAAAUGUUACAUGGUAAACAUUAAACCUGAGCAUCAGCAUGUUGACAUUGUCUUUGUGAGCAGAUUAGCAUGCUGAUGUGAGCAACUGUA